AUGAAUAACCGUAUUCAAAAAGCUUUAACAGCUAAUGAAAAAAAUUUAGUUAUAUCUGUUUAUAAUUAUUUAAAAAACAAUAAACAAUAUAUAAAAUUUCCACAUUCUUUUAAUUUACGUGCUGAAGUUUCUAAAGCUACUGGUAUUUCUGAAUCUACGAUUGGAAAUAUUCUUGCAAAAAAAAAUAAAAAUAUUGAAAUUGUGGACUCAAAACAAGGACAUCGACCUUCAAAAGAAAUUCAACCAGAAAUUAGAAAUAAACUGCGUGAAUUGAUUUAUGAUGCAAAUAAAAAUGGAAAGCUUCUUACUUUGAAAAUUCUUUGUCAAGACUUAGCUGAUUCAAAUAUUAUAAUAUCAAAAUCAAAACUUCAACGAUAUUUAAAAAAGCUAGGAUAUCAUUAUGGUAAAGGCAACCAAUAUAAUAUUCUACAUGAAUCAGCUCAAAAUAUUGCAUAUAGAGCAGUUUAUCUUC